AUGGAUCCUUUCAAACGAAUUCCUGCCGAACUCAUUCGUGUGAUCAUUCAGAAUGUUCCAGAUUUUGUCGGCUUACACAGUCUUCUUUUGGCCUCAGAGACAGUCAAAACCGUUUUUCAAUCUGAGCCCAGCGUCGUUUUGCUAGAUGACCUGGUUGCAUCAAACUCGAUUGCCAUGAUGCCUGACAUUCGAAAAAUGGUUGACGAAGUUGCAUCAAUGCACAUCCCAUCAAAACAUGGCUGCAUUCUUGCAGACCAUGCUCAUUCAACGUGCCAGGCAGUCACCGGAUACCUUCUUCCGCAAAAUGGUAGCUCGGGGCUGCUAGAAUUCAUUCAAAUAGCAGCACAGAUUCAGCGACUGGCCUGUGCUUGCUUAUUCGCGAUGAGGCAGAACUUUUGUACUGCUUUUCAAAUUCGUUUGGCUGCGUCACUAUCAAAUUGCGGUCGGGUCAGGAACUUUGCAAUGGCACCGUCAUGGAUCGAAGAAUACCGAGUUUACUGGGCCUUAUGGCACUUGCGUCAAUACUUUGACCUUCGAAAUCUCGCACGAAGGAACGCUCUUUCUUUCAAUGGCCCAGAGAGCCAAGAAAAUUCUUACUCUUUGGACGAGAAAUGCGACGCAUACGUGGAGUCAAAUGGUCUUAUCGCUCCUUCUGGAGUGCUUGAUCUCCGCAUCGAAGAAAUUUUAUCCGUGGCAGCAGCGUUGACAGAUUUAGGGCUACAGGUGUCUUACGAAGGUCAAGGACAAAAGCAGCAAGAACCGCCCGCGGCCGGCUGGCUCCUUUCACCGCAGACAUCAAUGCCCAUUCUCAUUGCAUUUGAGCUGCCUCAAAAGGGAAUGAAACAUCCGGUGUGGUGCCCGCCUCCAAUGCCAGAAGGUACAGAUGUUGAAAUUGCGUGGAAUCGUUCUUUGCGAUCGGUAUAUUCGUCGACUGAGCAGUUACGGUACUUUCGAAUGUUAAGUCGACAGCUCGAGCGUAUCAAGCCCAGCGAGAGUGGUAUGCGGGACCUGCGACCUUAUAGACGUCUUGGAGCUUUCAUAUGGGAUAAAUGGCGAAUUUAUUCCGCAGGGCUGUUGCAAGCCAACUUCAGAAAGAGGACACCGACUCCAUGUGGGUUAUUCAUUGAUCCGAAUGAUGCGACCUCACAAACCUCCCAAGAGAUGCAAAGAAGGUGGAUGGCAUUGAUUGGUAAAGUUUGA